CUCAUAAUCAACUGCCACAAUUCAGACAAAUUCUUCCUACUUUGUAAAACUUCCACUGUCAUUAUACAAUUGAAUUUUAACUUCUAUAUUUCCCAAAACCUCUCUUUCUCACCUCUUCAAAUAUCAUUUUAACUUCUUCCAUUUUUAUCAGCUGCCUUAUCAUGAUUCCCGCCGCCAAUCUCGUGGCAGCACCGCCUUUAACGUGUUCGGCGGCACGUCGUUCGCGGCGGACAACUACCUUGAAAACUGACACAACCCAACAGAAAAACAAAAUCAGUUUCGGCAAAAAUAAGGAAUUAUCGUGGCAUUGUGUUGAAGGUUGUGGGGCUUGUUGUAAGCUCCAAAAGGGUCCUUCUUAUCCAUCUCCCGAAGAAAUUUUUACAAACACAUCUGAUGUUGAGCUUUACAAUAGCUUAAUAGGACAAGAUGGAUGGUGUAUUCAUUAUGAAAAGAGUACUAGAAAAUGUUCCAUUUACUCUGAGCGUCCAUAUUUUUGCCGUGCAGAGCCGGAAGUGUUUAAAUCUUUGUUUGGAGUUAAAGAGAAGAAUUUCAACAAGGAGGCAUGCAGUUUUUGCAGGGAUACAAUUAAGGCGAUUUAUGGUUCCAGUUCAAAAGAGCUUUAUAAUUUUGACAAGUCAAUCAGGAGCUGCUCUUCUAGUUAGAGUUUUGGAUUCUUAAUUGCUCAAGGUACCAAUAUCUUGACUGUAUUUGGGUUAGAUAUUUAAUGGAAUGGAUUAUCUGCACAAUUUCAUGCGGCUAUAUAAUUUCUGCUGUUAUUGAAACACAGCAACUCUGGUGGUAAUUUUAGAUCGGAAAACAGUCACUUCCAUUCAAAAAUUAGAUAUUACUAUCUCACGUUUCUCCUUGAGUGCUGUAUAUAAUUGAUCGACAAAGCAAAAACUCUUAUGAGUUUUUGUUUUCUUUUGGUUAUAAUUGAAACUAGAUAGAGUAUGAGUUUAGAUGGACAGCUAAAAAAUUAAUUGUGAACUGAUAUAUGUACGAGCUUAUUCCAUUAUUAUACUAAUUAUUAUUGAAUAAACCCUCCUCUAGGUUUGAUAUAUCUUGAAUGCUAUAUUUCAACAAUUGUACUUCUCGUGCAUUUAAAUGAAAUACUCAUGUUAAUAUC